GGGGAAGGCUGGUGAUAGCAGAUGUGAGCUUGUAUCCACCUAAAAGGUCACGGCUAUUUUUAGGAAGUGGGUGGUGAGACUUGUUGAAAACUCUGUGUUAGGUUGUAACUGAUGUCAGAGGCAAGGGGAGAUGAGAAACUCACCUGGAACAGCUAAUUAAAGAAAGAAAGAUGAGCCUGUAAAGGAGCCAGAAAAAGAGCAGUUCAGAAGGGGGAAGGAAAACCUAGACACUGGCCCACCCGGAAACUAGAUCUGACCAUGAGCUAUCCAGGCUACCCGCCGCCUGCAGGUGGCUACCCCCCAGGUGCACCAGGUGGCAGUGCCUGGGGCGGUGCUGGCUACCCCCCGCCCAGCAUGCCCCCUAUUGGGCUGGAUAACGUGGCCAACUACGCAGGGCAGUUCAACCAGGACUACCUCUCAGGAAUGGCGGCCAACAUGUCCGGGACAUUCGGAGGAGCCAACAUGCCAAACAUGUACCCUGCGGCCCCUGGGGGUGGUUACCCUCCUAUCCCCCCUGGGAGUUUUGGGCAGCCCCCUUCCACCCAGCAGCCUGUUCCUCCGUAUGGAAUGUACCCGCCCCCUGGAGGAAACCCACCAUCUGGGAUGCCCUCCUACCCGCCAUACCCAGGGGCCCCUGUGCCAGGCCAGCCAAUGCCGCCUCCUGGACAGCAGCCCCCAGCAGCCUACCCUGGGCAGCCGCCAAUGACCUACCCUGGGCAGCCACCAAUGCCACCUUCUGGGCAGCAGCAGCAGCCUAUGCCAACCUACCCAGGGUACCAAGGGUCUGGGACCGUCACCCCUGCUGUACCUCCAGCCCAGUUUGGAACGCGAGGCACCAUCACAGAUGCUCCUGGCUUUGACCCCUUGAGAGAUGCCGAGGUCCUGCGAAAGGCGAUGAAAGGCUUUGGGACUGACGAGCAGGCCAUCAUUGACUGCCUGGGGAGUCGCUCCAACAAGCAGCGGCAGCAGAUCCUCCUGUCCUUUAAGACAGCUUAUGGGAAGGAUUUGAUCAAAGAUCUGAAAUCCGAACUGUCAGGAAACUUUGAGAAGACUAUCUUGGCUAUGAUGAAGACCCCAGUCCUCUUCGAUGCUUAUGAGAUAAGAGAAGCCAUCAAGGGGGCCGGCACUGAUGAAGCCUGCCUCAUUGAGAUCCUCGCCUCCCGUAGCAAUGAGCACAUCCGGGAACUGAGCAGAACCUACCAAACAGAAUUCAAAAAGACCUUGGAGGAGGCCAUUCGAAGCGACACAUCAGGACACUUCCAGCGGCUCCUCAUCUCUCUGUCUCAGGGAAACCGGAAUGAAAGCACAAAUGUGGACAUGUCGCUGGUUCAGAGGGAUGUUCAGGAGCUGUACGCAGCUGGGGAGAACCGCCUGGGAACAGAUGAGUCCAAGUUCAAUGCAAUCCUGUGCUCCCGGAGCCGGACCCACCUGGUGGCAGUUUUCAACGAGUAUCAGCGAAUGACAGGUCGAGACAUUGAGAAGAGCAUCUGUCGGGAGAUGUCUGGGGACCUGGAGCAGGGCAUGCUGGCCGUGGUGAAAUGUCUCAAGAAUACCCCUGCCUUCUUUGCUGAAAGGCUCAACAAGGCCAUGAGGGGAGCAGGAACAAAGGACCGGACCCUGAUUCGCAUCAUGGUGUCUCGUAGCGAGACUGACCUCCUGGACAUCAGGAUGGAGUACAAGCGGCUGUACGGCAAGUCGCUGUAUCAUGACAUCACGGGAGACACCUCGGGGGAUUACCGGAAGAUUCUGCUGAAGAUCUGUGGUGGCAACGACUGAGCGGUGACUGAUGGUUUACUUCUGUCCACCUGCCAGCAACAGUGAUGCCAGGAAAAGGCCUAAAAAAUGUCUGUCUUUUUCUAGCAAACCCACAAUGUGUAGCCCCUUAGGUGUCCCAGUGCCGACAAUCGUAGAGCCUUGGCCCUGUCCUCCACUUGCCCCUCCUGAUCGUACGUCGUGCUCGUGCCGAAGGGCCUGGGGUUGGUCUGGAACUCAGGAUGCCUGUUCCUCCCACCCCUCACAGCCUCUUGCUGCUGAAGUAGCUGUUUUGUUUCCUGACUCAGGCAGUCAUUCCAUUUUGCUUGUAGCUGAGACAUUCAGCUUCAUUUUAGUUCUGUAAUUUUAAUGUUUAUUUUGAGGCACUUUUUUUAAUAGUCAUUGCCAGACAGCUGCAUACAAGUCUCUGCUGCCAUACAUACCCAGUCCCUGCUGUCACGUUGGGGAGCCCCAUGGCUUCACUGAGGAGUAAAAGGGAAGACCUUUAAGGGUAAUUGAAUCUGGUGAGAAUGUGUCAUGAGCUUUGUUAUUGCCAAAGUCACCGCUUUUUGGAAAAGAAAAAAAAAAAGGCCAGAAAGUCAGCUGUUCCUUCUUCCAUGUAAAACCACAAAAACAAAGCCAGCUCCCUGCCAGUGACAGGGUUUCUGUAAUUGAAACUGUGCCUUAAACAUGAAUGUUGAUAGCCAAAAGCAGUUUAUAUAUUAAAGCCAGCCAGUUCUGGAACAUUCUGGAAAUGUCUCCUUGGUGCCAGCUUGUUUUCUUCGGCUCCAUGAUUUUGCCAUGUAGCCCAGGGUAUCCAACCUUAUUAGCCAGUGAAAAUUUAUGUGACUUUAAAUAAAAACUUGAGCUCAGGAAGCCCUGAGCAUAAGUAAUUUUCAGGGACCCAGAUUGUAAGGAUAUGAGAAAGGGAUGCUUCUUGAAAUCCAUGCAGGAGCCAGACACUGAUAAGGCGCAGGGAUUUUGGUCACAAGUGGACAGUGAAGUCCACGGAGAGCAAGGUAGGAAGAGUGUGAUC